GGCGUGUCGCUGCUGCUCGGGCUACUGCCCGCGAUGGGCUGGAAUUGUCUGGGUCGCCUGGACGCCUGCUCCACCGUCCUGCCGCUCUACGCCAAGGCCUACGUGCUCUUCUGCGUGCUGGCCUUUGUGGGCAUCCUGGCCACCAUCUGCGUGCUCUACGCACACAUCUACUGCCAGGUGCGAGCCAACGCGCGGCGCCUGCGGGCGCGGCCCGGGUCUGGCGGAGGCACCUCGACCCGCGCGCGCGGCACGCCGCGCUCGCAGGCGCUGGUGCGCACGCUCAGCGUGGUGCUCCUGGCCUUCGUGGCCUGUUGGGGCCCUCUCUUCCUGCUGCUGUUGCUCGACGUUGCAUGCCCCGCUCGCGCCUGUCCCGUGCUCCUGCAGGCCGACCCCUUCCUGGGCCUGGCCAUGGCCAACUCGCUUCUGAACCCCAUCAUCUACACGUUCACCAAUAGCGAUCUGAGCCAUGCGCUCCUGCGACUCAUCUGCUGCGGCCGCCGCUCCUGCGGCCGAGGACCAGGGGGCUCCCCAAGGUCCGGGAGCGCGGCUGGGGUUUCCAGAAGCCCGUGCAGGUGCUUGCCCCUGGGCCUGGACGGCAGCACCAGCCGCUCGGAGCGCUCGUCGCCCCAGCGGGACGGGCUGGAUAUCAGCGGCUCCGCGGGCAGUCCCGGCGCGCCCCCGGCCACAGACUGACGCCCUCUGCCCACCAUUGUCGUCCCCAGAGCUGUUCUGCAAAUUUUUCUUUUUAAAUAAUGGAUUUUGUGGGAAAUGCAGACGAAGAUGUUGGAGGUGGAAAAGACGCACGGCAAAUGUAUUUACUGACACUAAACCCCCAAACAGCGAACAAAUGCACAAAAUGCUUGCCCUCGUGGAAUUGAUGCUGUGGUGAGCGACACAGACAAUAACUGAGUGACGAGAUAAUGGAGAUCAUUUUCAGUGACAAUACAGUGAAGCGAUGGUGGUCGGCGGGAGGCCUCUCUGUAGAGGUGGUGACACAUGAUGUGAACUGAUAUGUCAUCGUCCUGGAAACACUUGAAGGAAGAGCAUUUCAGGAUGCGGGGACAGUAAGUGCAAAGGCCCUGAGGCUGGAAUGUGCCCAGGUGUUCUAGGAAAAGCAAGGAUUCCAGUGUGGCUGGAGCAGCGAUGGAGGGGGAGAAUGGGAGGGGACACGGACACAGAGAUGACGGGCAGAUUGGGCAGGGCCUUGUGGGCCAUGGAGAGGAUUUGACUUUUGCUGAGUGAGGUGGGAGCCAUGGAGGGUUGUAAGCAGAGGGGUGUGUCCUGAUUCAGGUGUCCACAAGCACCCUGUGGCCUCUGAAAGGCACGUUUGCAAGCUGGAAUAGGAUGAAGGGGACUGCACUGGCCCAGAGCAGGGAUGAUGGGAACUCUGACUAUGCUCAGACCAGGUGGAUUCUGGAUGGAUUUUUAGGGCAGCAGACAGAAUUACUGAGGAAUUAGGUGUGAGAGUAGGGGAAAGAAAAUUGUCAAGGACACAACCAAGGCAGGACACGCCAAAAUUUGACUCUGAGAGACUCAGCCUCAUUCUCACAUCAACAUUACUUUGAGCGCGGUCAGAUCCUUCAAAAACAAUAAAAAUAUAAGAAAACAAUAAGAACAA